AUGGACCCUGUAGGGGCAGCAGGCGGCCUUCCCGUCCGGAUCCUCCCUGCCCUGCCUUUCAGGCAAGCACUCUGCCAUGGCAUCCUAGAAAGGAAGCCAGAUGUGCCCGCAGCUGCUAGUGGCCAGAGCCAAAUUCUCGCCUGGCGCCCCACCUUCACGCCCGGAAUCCAACUGCUCCUGCCUGGAAGUUCGCCUCCCCCUCCCACGCAGGGCAUGGGAUUGGGUCCAGAGAAGCUGCUGGGUCCCCCUGAGGCCACACAGCAGCAACACGGCUCCCCGACACCCCCAGGCCCCUUGACUCACCUGACUCUGCCCCACGGUUCAGAGGCGCGGCCGCUGAACGGAGCCGACAGGCGGAGCCUCGCGGGCAGUUGGACCAGGUCCUCCUCAGAGGGUUCUGCGGUCCCCAAAGAAGGCAUGCGGCAGUGCCUGCAACAAUGGGAGCAGACUGUACGGAUCCUGCACGCCAAAGUGGCCCAGAAAUCCUAUGGGAAUGAGAAGCGGUUCUUCUGCCCGCCGCCCUGUGUCUACCUCGCAGGACCCGGCUGGAGGGUGAAGCCAGUGCAGGGCCAAGCCCACCAGGCCGGGGAGGCCGGGCCCACCGUCUGCGGCUUCAUGGGACUGGACGGCGCCUCUGGCAGCGCCGCCGAGACGCAGAAGCUGAGUUUCGAAGAGCAGUGGGACUCCCGGGAAUUCGGCUGCGCCAAGACCCUGUACAUCUCUGAUGCUGACAAGAGGAAGCACUUCAGGCUGGUGCUCCGGCUGGUGCUCCGAGGGGGCCAGGAGCUGGGUACCUUCCACAGCCGCCUAAUCAAGGUCAUCUCCAAGCCAUCGCAGAAGAAGCAGUCGCUGAAAAAUACUGACCUGUGCAUCUCCUCAGGUUCCAAGGUGUCCCUCUUCAACCGCCUGCGAUCCCAGACCGUAUCUACACGUUACCUGUCGGUGGAGGACGGGGCCUUUGUGGCAAGCGCGCGCCAGUGGGCUGCUUUUACGCUGCACCUGGCCGAUGAACACUCUUCCCAGGGGGACUUUCCCCCUCGAGAGGGCUACGUCCGCUAUGGCUCCCUGGUCCAGCUGGUGUGCACUGUCACAGGCAUGACGCUGCCCCCCAUGAUCAUUCGGAAAGUGGCAAAGCAGUGUGCACUGCUGGAUGUGGAUGAGCCCAUCUCCCAACUACACAAAUGUGCCUUCCAGUUUCCUGGAGGGCCUCCAGGAGGGGCCGGCACUUACUUAUGUCUGGCCACAGAGAAAGUGGUGCAAUUCCAGGCCUCCCUUUGCCCCAAGGAGGCGAACCGGGCGCUGCUCAAUGACAGCUCCUGCUGGACCAUCAUCGGCACCGAGUCGGUGGAGUUUGCCUUCAGCACCAGCCUAGCCUGCACCAGGGAGCCCGUCACCCCAGUGCCCCUCAUCAACACCCUGGAGCUCAGUGGCGGGGGCGACGUGGCCACGCUGGAGCUCCACGGGGAAAACUUCCACGCGGGACUCAAGGUGUGGUUCGGGGACGUGGAGGCUGAAACCAUGUACAGGAGCCCACGCUCGCUGGUGUGCGUGGUUCCCGACGUGGCCGCCUUCAGCAGCGACUGGCGCUGGCAGCGUACCCCCAUCACGGUGCCCGUGAGCCUGGUGCGAGCCGACAGCCUCUUCUACCCCAGCGCCUUCUCUUUUACCUACACCCCUGAGUACAGCCGGCACCCCAGCCCCGCGGGUGUCCCUGAGCCUGCCACCAACGCGGAUGCUCUCCUGGAGACCAUCCACCAUGAGUUCGCGCGCACCAACUUCCACCUCUUCAUCCAGACGACGUAG